CUCUUCACUCUCCAAUCCGAAGAAGAUCUCAAGGACCCCAAAAUGGCACAAUUAUUGCAAAAUAACAAAAAUACCUUCUUCUUUUUGACUACAAACACCACACUCUACUUUGACGAAGACGACCACGAAUGGUAUACCAGAAAAUUCGAUGAAGGGAAUUCCACCAUUGAGCUCCAACGGGUCAAGGAACUUAUUCCCGUAUCCAGCUGUAUGUAUACCUCAAAUUAUGGUUCAGCAACUAUUCAAAAGGAGUACAGUGCACAGAUCUCUUUGGCUGAUUCAGGGACUGCUUCUAUCGGAUUCCUCAACCUCACUUUCUACCACGAUUUUGGGCUAGCAGCCACCAUUGAGACCCUGUCGUCUUUUACCUUUACCGAUACAUUAUCCUGUACUGUUGGCCAGGGAACCUAUGCUCAGAUGUUCAUUGAGCCCCUGUAUGUGGAGGUUCCCGACUACACUAGAAUGAGGGUCAAGUUCAGGAGGGGUAAGGGCAUAGUGGUUUCCGGCUCACCAGAGAGAAGGCCAGGAUUCAGCACCUUAGUAGCCGUACAACCUAAUCACGUUUGCAAGUAUUCUCGGAGUCCAUUUGAUCUAAAAUGUGCUGGUGUAAAG